GUGUGUUGGAGAGCCAAGCCACAACAUUUACAAUCUGAGUUUCGACGUUUCGCCAGUAAUUACAACCAGCUUCAUCAGGCAACAGCCACAUUAUGGAUAGCUGAUGUAAACAGGACUAUGUAUGCCGUACAUCAAAUAAGCGUGGAACUGAGCCCAACUUAAGCGAGUGGUGGCAAUUCCACAUUCCCAUGGCCGGACUAAGAGCAUCCAUUCCGUUAGACCGCCCAAUGCCGGCAACUCGGCACGGCCUCAACUUGAGUCAGCGGUGGACAUUCCACAUUCCCAGGGCCGGACCAAGGACAUCCGUUCCGUUCGACCGCCCAAAUGUCGGCUUCUAGACAGUUUCGUGUGCUUACAACGGCCUCAACUUGAGUUAGUGGUGGACAUUCCACAUUCCCAUGGCCGGACCAAGGACAUCCGUUCCGUUCGACCGCCCAAAUGUCGGCUUCUAGACACGGUCUCCGUGUGCGUACACGGUCUCAACUUGAGUCAGCGGUGGACAUUCCACAUUCCCAUGGCCGGACCAAGGACAUCCGUUCCGUUCGACCGUCCAAAUGUCGGCUUCUCGGCACGGCGAAGCCGCGAACUGAACUCGUAGGCCCGUUAUUAACAUCGUUGCUUCUCGAUAUUAUUAUUGUUAUUAUUGUUGUUGUUGUGGUGGUGGUUGGUUGGUUGUAGACGUUUUGUUUAAGAUCGUUGCUUCUCGAUAUUAUUGUUGUUGUGGUGGUGGUUGGUUGUAGACGUUCUGUAAAGGGGGUUUAAUGUUUUAGUUUAUAAAUCUUAAAUAAUUAAUGAUUUAGCGCGGCGCCUCCCUGCGGAUGCUGGCGUGAGGGGAUUCCGACUCAAACGAGCCGACCGUGGCUAAUAGGAGGCGCUGUGGUGAAGGAAACGAAGCUCUGUCGUCCCGACAGGGAGACCAUGGCUAGGGUCGCAGCCAAUGGCCGGAGAGACGCACGGCAGCAGCCGGCCAACGCACGCCGGGACCACCGCAAGGGCGGCCACACCCACGCAGAUCGCAAGCAAAGGAAUGCCGCGGUGCACUCCUCCAAGGCCGCCCGCGGUGAGGCGAGCAGGAAAGAGCACAAGCGCACAGCCGUGCCACCACGAUCCCCCCCACCUCCCUCGUCCCCACCUCCUCCGUCCCCACCUCCUCCGUCCCCACCUCCUCCUGCCACAGCGGCGAAGCAGCGCACCGCCCAGCCAGCGGUGCGGCGUUCCAGCCGGCAGCGCCGGGUCAAGUUGAAGCUGGACCCCAGCGAGGAGUGUGUGAGGAGGAAGCCGGUGAUAGUGAGGAACGUGCAGCAGCAGAAGGGGCAGGUGGUGGUGGUGGUGGAGGAGCAGAAGAAGGAGGUGGAGAAGGAGGUGGAGCAGGAGGUGGAGCAGGAGGUGGAGCAGCAGCAGCAGCAGCAGCAGGAGGAGGAGGAGGAGAAGGAGCAGGAGUUGGAGGAGGUGACGGCACCAGUGGAGGAGGUGAAGUUCUCCACGGACGUCAAACGCGUGCUCAAGCCGCACGUCUGCCUGGAGUGCGGCAAGGAGUUCCGCCAGUCCACCGACCUGUUCCGCCACCAGACGCUGCACACGGGCGAGCGGCCCCUCAAGUGCGGGGCGUGCGGCAAGGCCUUCGCCCUGCAGGCCGACCUCAACCGGCACGCCAUCAUCCACACGGAGCAGCGGCCCUACGCCUGCCAGGAGUGCGGCAAGGCGUUCCGCUGGUCCCAGAACCUGGUGCACCACCGGCGCUCGCACAGCGACGUGCGCGAGUUCCAGUGCGAGGGCUGCGGCAAGGGCUUCAAACACCGCCGCACCCUUGUGGAGCACCAGCGGGCGUACUGCGCACACGGCGCCGGCCACAAUGGUGACGGCGCUGCGGCGCAGGCGGUGAAGCAGGAGCGGCUCGACGGCGGGGAGGCCGGCGUCGAGGUCAAGGUGGAAGACCCCACGAAGACACUCGGCCUCGAGCGACCGCGUGGCGACGUGCCGCCCCCCCCCCCCGCCGCCGCCGUCGUCGCCCCCCCCCCUCCUCCUCCUCCUCCUCUCCGCCGUCGUCGUCCCGCCCCCCGCCCCCCGCGUCGUCGUCGUCGUCGUCGUCGUCGGCGCCUCGCCGCGGGCAGGCCAAGCGCUACGCGUGCCCGCAGUGCGGCAAGGCCUUCCGCCAGUCCACCCACCUCCUGCGGCACCGCUCGCUGCACACGGGCGAGCGGCCGCUGCGCUGCGGCGAGUGCGGCAAGGGCUUCGCGCUGCCCGCCGACCUGCGGCGCCACGCCGUGGUGCACGCGCCCCAGCGGCCCAGCUACGCCUGCGACCUCUGCCCCAAGACCUUCCGCUGGCCCCACGGCAUCGCCAAGCACCGGCAGACGGCGCACGCGGCCCGCGGCUCGGAGCCCUUCGGCUGCGGCACGUGCGGCAAGGGCUUCCGCUCCAAGGCCUACCUGAGCACCCACCAGACGGUGCACCGGGGCGAGAGGCCCUUCGGCUGCGACGGCUGCGGCAAGAGCUUCGGCUGGAUGGCGAGCCUCCGGGCCCACGUGAACCACGUGCACCUGGGCCUGAGGCCCUUCCAGUGCGAGGAGUGCGGCAAGAC